AUGUAUGCCAGCACCUUUAUCACCGCCUUCUCCGCCCUCCUGGCCGGCGCCUCCGCCGCGACCAUCCCCCUCCGGUGGGCCGGUGUCUCCAAUAUCGCCGCGAUCGCUGAGCGCCGUCAGGCCGACGCCAGCGCCGCCACCACCCCUCCCACAACGACAGGAAACGCCUCUUGGAGCGCGCAAAACUACAUCUGGGGCUGCUCGCCCGGCGGCUGCAGCGCCCGCUUCAACAUCAGCGCUCCCGCGGGCUACAGCCCCGGCGCGCCCGGCUUCAACGUCGUCUGCAGCCCCAUCUACAUCCAGCAGGGCUGGCUCCCCUGUCUGAACCCGGACAAUAGCCCCCUCGGCGAGGAUUCGCAGGUCUUUUCGAUUUGGACGGCCGGGCCGGACCGUGAGCGCAUGUACCUCGGUGUCGAGCACCUUUACAAGCGUCAGGAAGACGGACUCAGCUGGAAUGCUACCGCUGGUACCAAUAUUCUUCCCGUGCAGAAUAUGAGCUUCACUUUCCCAGUCAAUACUAUCGUCGUUCUUGAGUCUUGA